AAAUAUUUCUCACAAGUCACUACACUGCACACUCCAUAGUCCAUUCAAAACUAAAAAAAUGAAGAGUCACUACAGAAAAACCAUCUCUAUCUCUGUUGUGUAUCUCUUUCUUUGUCUCUUCAUCACAUAUGUGUCUUCAUAUUCCUUAAUACGACAAAUCACCGAGGACUCUAAUACAAGUAUGCAUCAGCAAGAAGAAGUGCACUACGUACAAACACAUCAAGAGAUCGCAUCGCGUGAUUAUAAAGUCUCUGCUUCAAACACAGUGACGGGUUUGAGAGAUCGUCGUCCAUCGACUUACUUUUUGAAGAUAGAGUCUUUCAACACAAUCCUUAAGUCCACCGUUGUAGACAAAUUUGAAACUCGCCCAUUUCCUGCUGGUGGAUACAAUUGGUAUUUGCAAAUGGGUCUACGUGGAAAAGCCGUGGGAUUGCAUCUUGUCCUUACUGGGAAACAAAGAACCGGAGACUAUGAGUUGGUUUAUGUUCUAGCCAAGCUUCGAGUUCUUAACCAACGCAAACUAAAUAACCGUGAAAGACAACUCGAGUUUUGGUAUGGAAGAUACUUUGUCGGGGGUUUCAGUGACUUAAUCUCUUUUGACGAUCUCAGAGAUUCAUCAAAGGGUUUCCUUGUGAAUGAUGUGUUGAUGGUUGAAGUCCAACUCCAGGCUAUUUCUACUACCAAAAGAAGAAGUGCAAUCCGUACAAAAACAUCAAGAGAUCCAUCAUCACGUGAUUAUAAAGUCUCUGCUUCAAACCCAGUGACAGGUUUGAGAGAUCGUCGUCCAUCGACUUACUCUUUGAAGAUAGUGUCUUUCAACACAAUCCUUAAGUCAACCGUUGUAGACAAAUUUGAAACUCGUCCUUUUUCUGCUGGUGGAUACAAUUGGACUCUUCAUGUGUACCCUAACGGGAACAAGAAGGAUGGUGGUUCAGGUUACAUUUCGCUUUACGUAGCCAUAGAGAAGUCGAGUCUCGUCGAGUCUGUACAUCAAGAGGUUUAUGCGGAUCUCAGGUUUUACAUCUUCAACAAGAACGAGAGGAAGUACUUCACCAUCCAAGAUAUUGAUGUAUGGCGAUUCAAUGCCUUGAAAACGAUGUGGGGAUUCUCAAAGGUCCUCCCUCUUGAUACUUUCAAAGACCCAACAAAUGGUUAUCUUUACGAUGGAGAUCACUGCGAGUUUGGUGUUGAUGUGAUCGUUGAUACUCCUUUCGAAAAAUCAGAACUUUUCUCUGUCAGAUGGAGUUCUGAGAAAUUCGCCUGGACAAUUCAGAAUUUUUCCACGUUGGUCAAAGAUAAUUACUAUCCAGAUGUUUUCUCUCUUGGAGGUAAAAAAUGGUUCUUACAAAUGGACCAGGGAUGUGGAAAAGCCGUGGGAUUGUACCUUGUCCUUACUGGGAAACAAAGAACAGGAGACUAUGAGUUGGUUUAUGUUUUAGCCAAGCUUCGAGUUCUUAACCAACGCAAACUCAGUAACCGCGAAAAGCAACUCGAGUUUUGGUAUGGAAGAUACUUUGUCGGGGGUUUCAGUGACUUAAUCUCUUUUGACGAUCUCAGAGAUUCAUCAAAGGGUUUCCUUGUAAAUGAUGCCUUGAUGGUUGAAGUCGAACUCCAAGCUAUUUCUACUACCAAAUACUUCCCUAGUUAGAUGGUUUCUCUAACUAAAGGGACUUCCAUCUCCAUUUUGUUUUAAAUCAGAAUCCAUGUUUGCAUUUCAAAAAAGGAGAAAUUCCAUAAAACAGGUCAAUUACU